CAUAUAUAAAAAUUGGCGGUCGUCUUCUGCCUCGCGAGCAGUCGACUUCCUACUUCACAAAAAUGUCGGAAAGAUUGACGACAGUUUCAUUCGGAUUUUGAGUUUUCUUGUCGAGUUUUUGGAUAUAUUUCCGUUCACGCCGAAAAACUUUGGGGAUAGAAUUGCGAGCUUGCCGUUUGUUCGCGUUUGCCUGCUGAGUGGACCUCGUUUUAUCGAUUUAACUUUAUUUAUCAUUAUUUUUAUGUAAAAAAAAAAAAAAUGGCGUGCCAAACGGGUUUCCAGAAAAAGAACGGCGAAUAUUUGUGGUUUGCUCUUCUUGGGCUGGGCUUUCAGCCCGAAAGUCAUCUCUCGUUUUUUGCCACGGAGGCCACCGCAAAACACACGAACCUGGGACCGAAUAUGUUUGACAAACCCAACAAGGAUGCCUUCCUCGUUGUCAUCCAUUUCCUGCUGGAAAAACUCAACCCAACACGAUUUCACCAGACGUACAAAUAUUGCUUUCCUUUGGUGAGCAGCAAACAAGAUGCUGAAUUUCGCAAGGAGACCUGCUUUUGGCUUCGAGAAAUAAUGGAUGAAACUGGAUAUCCAGGCUCCAAAGUUCUCAUGUCGCUGCUGCUCUCGCCCGGAGGUCCCAAAUUCACCAGCUUGAUGGUCCAUCUCGCCAUGCACGUCAUGCUCCAGGAAAUGAAAACAUUCGCCGUCGACGGGAGCUGGGUGCCGGGUGCUGCCGCCGAGCCGGCCUCGUCGCUCCACACGGCCGCCAGGAGACUGGACCUGAUCAAGAAAAGGUUUUUGCGGGAGGUCGUCCACCAGCGUUGCUUCCUUCAGGACGAGCACAAAAGAGCCCAGAGUGUCGGGAAUUCUCUGCGUGACCUCGUGGCCGAGAGUAGCAAGUACAACGAAUUACUCAAAAAGCACGUGGCCGACGGUGUCCCCGAGGAGGAGUCUCUGGCCGAUAAAACUGAACUGGUUCGAUCCCUGUGGUCGUCCGUGGGCGCGACGCUGUCGACGACCGAGCAAAAACGAAAGGUGUUGGAAAGCGUGCUGGGAGGAGAGGCGGACCAGUACGCCUUGGACGGCGCGGGGUGGCGCCUUGGAGUUCCCCGGUGCCUGUUCAAGAGGUUGGAGCGGCCUUCGCAGCAGUUGCGCUCGGGGAAGGUGUACGUGGACGGUCAGCUCAACUUGCUGUGCGCCCUGGAGCUGUUCACCCACUCUCUGCGCCUCCUGAAAGACGAGCGGGGCGAGUCCCCGCCGGACCCCGCCUGGUCGGGCCCGUCGCAGUUGCGGGAGCGGUGGCGGCGGCUGCUCCGCCGCUCGCAGGAACUGCAGCUCCUCAGACUGAAGAUUUCCAUGGAGGAGAUUCCGGAGGUGAGGAGCGACAUCAGCGAACUGGCGGCGCAGUCAGACGACAAGUGGUCGGACGUGCCUUUCGUGUCGCUGCUCGACGACCAGCUGGCGAGUGGCUUUCUCUCCCCGUUGGCUCGCUCUCAACCGUCGUUCGAUGCCGGCGACGCAAACGACGUUUUCUCCCGGUUCCCGGCGAAGCUUCCCGGUGAGCGGCCCUCCGUCGACUUUUGCGGCUCGCCGAAGUUGGGUCGUAAUGUUUCCUGUUGCUUGCGCAAACCUCCAGAGAACUCUUCACCGUGUCCUCCGGCGGAGGGCGAGAGGGGAACUUCCUCCGACUCCGAAGGGGGCCGUCGCGCCGCAGCCGCAGAAGAAGAAGAAAGCCUGCGGGGGGCCGCGGCCGCCGAGUCGUCCCCGUCCGCCUCUGCUCUGGAACGGCUCGCGGACGCGUCUCCGCCUCCUGUGAGGGCUGCCGACAAGGCCAAGAAGCAAAAUCUAGACGUGGAAUGUGAUGACCUCGCCGACCAGUUUGCAGAUGCCGUAGCCGCGGCCAGUCCGACGACGGGCAGCCCGGCACGUUCGGAACUUGGGGGACUUCUCGGCGUCCUUCGUGGGGAUCCCUUCAACACCAGGAAGCCGCUCGCUCGCACAACGGAGACUUUAAGUGAGUCGCUUGCGAAGGCGCUGGGGGAAGACGACGCAGCCAAACGUGACAGCGGCGUGGCCGGAAGCUCGGCCGGCACCCCCAAAGGCAAUCGGCGGUCGUUGUGGGGCAGCGUCUGCCCCUCGAGCCCCUUCAGCCUCUUGCAAGAAACUCUGCCAGAACUCCCCAGCGUGGAGACACUGCUGAGCUUCAACGACGACGACGACGACGAGGAAGACCGAUCGAUCGCCGUCCGCUCCCCGCAAGGGGACGAGUCGGCGCCUGAUCGUUUUCUAUCUGCCGGUGACCUUCCGGCUUGGAGCAGCGAGCGACCGUCGCCGCCUGCCUUUUUUUCACUGGAUCUGGACGCACUGGAUGCCGUAUGCUGACCUCCCCACUGAAGACGCAGCGGCACCGGUUCUCCCCUGUGGGCGAUAAAGCCCCAUCCGUGACACGUGUCCGUGUUGCAUCGCGUCAAAAUGCAAGAAAUUCCCUUUGGCUUGGACACGUCCACCCACUCCGCCUUCUGUUCUUCGUUUCAGCUUACACGGCUGCCGGUUGAAAUAUCCUCCGGAACCCCAUUUUCCAUAUUGACGCCUCUUUAACAUCCCUUAAUUGGCAUGCUUUCUGACUACAAGUUGCGAUGUAAAUAUAUGUAUUUAAAAUGGGAAUUCAGUGACGUUUGUUUUCUAGUUUUAGUGAAUAAACUCUUCUAAUUACA